ACGGCGAGAUGUGUCAAACGGAAGAGAGAACACCGGGGUGAUCAUUCGCAUGACGAGUUUACCGCGUAAAAUCUCUCACGGUAAGAAACAAGAUCCCAUUAUCAUGGAGGUGCUUGAAAAUACGCGCGUAUCACCGCGAGUAUUCACGGCGAUACAGAAUGUCGACAUCACGGAGCUGUCGUUGUGUUCGCACAAAGAUAUCAGGCCCAUCCUGCCGUGUUUGGUUAGAAUGAGCCUUAUUUCUCCGCUGGACAUAACUAGGGAAUGCGUGGAGGGCAGGAAGCAGGUACUCACGAUACUUUCCGGCAUCGAGUCGGUUAACUCCAUUAUAGCCCUUUUAUCAAUCGACUUUCACGCAUUGGAAACUGACGUUAGGAAGGAGCAGCAGUUAAGGCAAAAGGGAGGCAGCACGCAGCGAGAGAGCGUGCUGGCGCAAUCCCUCCAAAGCGGCUUGGCUCUUGAAUUCGAGCGCAGCGAGUCCACUCGCAGGAUCAGACUGGUGUUGUGCGAAAUAUUGUUCAUAGCGGCACAGAUUCAAGAGCUGCAGAAGAAUCAGGAGUUUCAGAUCAAGCAGUCCGACUUGUUCGACAAUGCUGUCUACAUGGAAGAGAUUAGUUACGUCAUCUGUAUAGCACUGGCGGAAUUACCGACCUUGCUCUCUAUACUGGACAUCGCGGAGACUCUCCUGCACGUGAAGCACGGCCCCGACAUAAUCUGUUGGAUAGUAGCCAACAGCCCGGACAGUUUCUCCGAGGUGUGCGCCCAUCUGAUCGCCAACGGCGAGAGGCAAGAGGAGUCAGCACUGGGCCGAAUCAGGACGCAGGCCUUGACGAUGUUGUGCCAGAUGAAUCCCAGCCAAGCGCUGGCGAUCAGGGCCAAGUGCGUGGAACUGUGCAGAAUGCCGGCGCUGGCGAUCGCUCUGAGCCUGGAGCACAGGAACUGCCCGCAGCGUCGCGACACCGAGAGCGACGUCGUUGCCUUCGUGUCCGGUCUGCUGCUGGGUAGCGAUCAGCAGGUGCGCUCAUGGAUCGCGAUGUUCAUUCGCAACGGUCAGAAGCGGAAGUGGGAGUCGCACACGGCGCUGCAGGCGCUGCGGGAGGAGCUGCUCAAGCGGCUGCAGACGAUCGCGUCGCAGAGCACGGACGGCCAGCUGGCGGGCUCGCAGGUGGUGCAGGCGAGCGCGCUCUUGAGACUGUAUUGCGCCCUCCGCGGCAUCGGCGGCAUCAAGUUCCAGGACGACGAGGUGGCGAUGAUAGUGCAGCUCUUGACGUCGCAUCCGCCCCCGUCGCCAGCCGGCGUCCGCUUCGUGUCGCUGGGCCUGUGCAUGCUCAUAGCCUGCCCGUCCUUGAUCGGCCAUCACAAUCUCGAGAAGCGCAGCGUCGAGUGGGUGCAGUGGCUGGUGCGCGAGGAGGCCUACUUCGAGAGCGCGAGCGGCGUCACCGCCAGCUUCGGCGAGAUGCUGCUGCUGAUGGCCAUACACUUCCACAGCAAUCAGCUGUCGGCGAUCUGCGAACUGGUGUGCGCCACCUUGGGUAUGAAAAUACCGAUCCGGCCUAACAAUCUCACGAGGAUGAAGCAGAUCUUCAUGCAGGAGAUCUUCACCGAGCAAGUGGUGACGGCGCACGCGGUCAAGGUGCCGGUCACGGCGAACCUCAACGCUAAUAUCCCCGGCUUUCUCCCGGUGCACUGUAUCCAUCAGUUGCUGAAGUCACGGGCGUUCGCUAAGCAUCGGGUGCCGAUCAAGAACUGGAUCUACCGGCAGAUAUGCGACAGCGUGCCGCCGCUGCACCCGGUGUUGCCCGCUCUGGUCGAGGUCUAUGUCAACUCUAUCCUUGUGACCAACACCAAGACGUCGGAGCACACCAACAAGCCCAUCACCGAGGACGAGAUCCGCAGGGUGUUCCAGAACUGCGCGUUCGGCGCCAAUUUCGACACCAAGAAGAAUUCCAUCACGGACGUAGACGCCGGCAAAACACCUUCGCUCACCUCCCAGUUGCUGCUGCUCUACUAUCUCCUGCAGUACGAGGACGUGAGACUGGCGAACAUGCAUACUUUCAUAUCCCAGGGUAGAAAGGUCAAGUCCUACUCGGCGGACUUCCUCACCGAGUUGCCGAUCAAGUAUCUCCUUCAGCUGGUCCAGCGCGAUCAGAUGAAUUAUGCCAGUCUGUUCUCGCCGCUUCUGCGGCUACUGGCCACUCAUUUCCCGCACUUAUCCUUGGUGGACGACUGGCUGGACGACGAGAUGAUCAACAUAGACUCCGGCAUUGCGAGCUACGAGAGUAUGAAGAUCAACGACGCCGCGAUCGUCGAGGCGUUCGGCCACGUUAAGACUUGCCCCUCGAGGACGGGGAGACUGCUGAGGCAAUUGAUGACGCUCAAGCCGACUGAGAUCUGGCCUCAUGCUAAGAUAAUAAUACAUUAUUUUAAGGAUAUUCUCGACGGACAGGUUCCUAGAUACAUACAAGAACUCUACAAGCAAGUGUGGCUCAGGCUCAAUACUGUUCUGCCACGUUGUCUGUGGGUGCUGUCUAUAAACGCGCUGUUGAUAGAGAAUGCAAUCGUGAAAAGUGUCUACUUAACGCAAGAUAAUAUCGUAUUGGACCCACUGCAGGUACUGAGAUGUGACACGAGGGUCUUCAGAUGCGCGCCGAUUUUAUCUGUCGUCCUUAGGAUAUUGCAAGCCACCCUAGCCGCAUCCCGAUCUCAAUUAGCCAGGCAUAUGCAAGACAAGCCAUUGACCGAAAAAACCGGGCAGUUAACAAGCGAGACGGAAAGAGAGGACUUAAGGAUAGCUUUGGUGGCGGGUCAGGAAAGCGCGGCGGUGCAGAUUUUAUUGGAAGCGUGUCUGGAAACGAAGGAGGACAGGGAAACUCCCGGACAGAUGUGGUCUCUCAAGGAGAUACGUAGUGUCGUGUGUUCGUAUUUGCAUCAAGUAUUCAUAGCCGAUCCUUCUCUGGCCAAAUUGGUCCAUUUCCAGGGUUAUCCGCGGGAAUUAUUGCAAAUCACGGUCCCGGGAAUCCCGUCCAUGCACAUAUGCCUCGAUUGGAUCCCGGAACUAUUGUCGCAACCUGAGCCCGAGAAACAAGUGUUCGCGGUGGACUUGGCGUCCCACCUGGCGAUUCAAUACGCCUUACCGAAGACUUUGAGUGUUUGCCGACUAGCGAUUAACACUCUGAUAACGCUCUUGGGAGUAUUACCCGCUGAAGAACGGGUGAUCCUCUUCAUGCCAGUGUUGGAGUCGUUGACGCGAAUAUGCCUGGCCUUCCCGCCGUUGGUCGAGGACAUCACAGGCUUGUUACUGCAGCUUGGUCGAGUGAGCGCAGCUCAAGCCGCUCUGGGAGAUAGGUCGGCGAAUCUGUUGUGCCAGGAAGUAAAAGAGACAUUUUGCAAGAUGCUGAACAAAGCUAUACUGCAAACGCAACUGUACUGAGGGACUUUGCGAGCUGUAUCACGCGUCAAUUGUAUAUCUAGAUAGUUCUAAACCACAUAAUUUAACAUUUUUUGUUAUUAUCAUCGUCUUGACUGAUAACGCGAGAGACCACACGCUCAACAUUUUUGCUAAGUGUGUCGCAAUAAAGAUAUGUCCAGAACGAAUACAGAGAGAAGCAUGAUCUGUAUCCUUGCGUACAAUUAACGUGCAUUAAUAUAAUGUCAGUACAUUUUUAUGUUUAAAUUUAUAAUUCAUCUAUAAGUAAAAAAGUGAUUGAAAACUGCUGAAAUGCAAAUAAGACAUGGCGCACGCUAGUAAUAUUUAAAGGACAGUAAUUAACACGAUUAACCUUUUAUGGUCGUAUCGUAUCUCGACAUAUUAUCGGUCAUAGCCAGGUUCGUGAAGGAUUUAAUAGAGUAAACUUUCCUUGAUUGAGGAAAAUCGGCGAGUCGCGCGUCACGAGAUCUUUCGAACGCGGACACACUGAAAGCUGUUAUUGCAUGUCGCUGCAACUAUCGGUGGACCUUUUAAAGUGGUAAUUAGUUUUAGCCAAGUUAUUUUGACGAAAAUCAAAAGUGGACUGUAAAUAUUUCUUUUCAUGCCAGUGUUAUAGGUUCUAUAGUUAGAAAUUUAUACCAAGUAAGGAAGUGUUAGAGUCGACUCUAUUAGGACAGUAUUGAUUAUAUUUAUUAGAAACUGAAAAAAAGAGAUAUAGAAAGAAAUGAUACGUGUUCCAGUUUGUCUCUUGUAGAGACGA